AUGUCUUCUCUUGCCCUCCGCCGGUCCGUCGGGACCGUGGAGUCGCUGAGCUUCUACAGCGGACUAUCACUCACGUCUCGAUCUUUCAGCCUGCUGCCUACCACCAUCGCAGCUCCGAGAACAGCUAGGUCGACCACUCGCCGCAAUGGCAGCCAUAUUCCUGCUCGCGCCGUGAGCCAAUCUGCACCCUAUCGACAGACACAGCCAGCUCGGCCUGCUCCAGCUGCUAAAACUACUGCGUCUUCGUCAACGCCCUCGUCCCCGUCUACGUCUACGUCUACGGCCACUCCUCCCCCGACCACAGCCCGCACCGCCGCCGCCGCAGCAAACGAGCCGACACCGAACGAGCCCACAACCGACAACCUAUACAAGAGCGGACUCGCAGACAAGCCGCUCGAGCUGGAGACCAGCGGCGAAAAUGGACUUACAGACAAGGUCGACUGGACGCGGUCCUUCCACGGCAUCAGCGCGGAGCCGUUCCCGAAGGAGGUAGCGGACAUCUUGCAGGCGCCGACGGACCCGAACGACGUCGAGAUCAAGCCGGAUGGGAUCGUGUACCUGCCGGAGAUCAAGUACCGGCGGAUCCUGAACCGGGCGUUUGGGCCGGGGGGAUGGGGAUUGGUUCCGCGCAGCGAGAGCAUCGUGACGCCGAAGACGGUGACGAGGGAAUACGCUUUGAUCUGCAAUGGACGCCUCGUCUCCAUCGCCCGCGGCGAACAAGACUAUUUCAGCCCCGACGGCAUCCCGACAGCGACGGAAGGGUGCAAGUCCAACGCGCUGGUGCGGUGCUGCAAGGACCUGGGCAUUGCCAGCGAGCUGUGGGAUCCGCGGUGGAUCCGCAAGUUCAAGGCCGAGUACACGCGCGAGGUGUUUGUCGAGCAUGUUGUCACCAAGAAGAAGUCCAAGAUCUGGAUCCGGAAGGAUGACGAGGUGGUUUACCCGUGGAAGGAGGCGAAAUAA